UGAAAGGUGCCGCUUUGAAGGAGAAAGCGACGUUUUCUCUCUCUCUCUCCACCUUCUGGAUGCAUGAAGAAACGAAGGGUGUCAGCACAAGCCAGGGUGGUGCAUGGCUUCGCGGACGCUGUGUCGGAAGAUCCUUCCUGUAAUUUUUUUCCGAAAACAUUGCCCGGAGUGAAUGCAAAAGCGGCUGGGAAAAAAAAGUGCUGGUCGGCGAAAUGGGGGUGUAGCGAGCUGUACGUCGAAUGGGUGUGCUCCCUCCCUUCGCUCACCCGGGGUUGGUCGAGGACCGGCACUUUGUUAAAUGAGUUAGAAGCCGACCGGGGCACUUCAUUAAACCAGGACACACACCGAUCGCUAUACAUUUUGUACACAUGAGGAUGAUGCUCCUUUUCCCCGUUAAGAAGAUUCGGAAACAUUUUAAGGUGCUGGUGUUUGUGGUGAUCCUGGGGAUUGGAGUUUGGGCGGCUUACCUGGAGUUCGUCGCUUCGAGCGAGUGGAGGAGGAGCGGCGCCUACAAGCCCCAUCGCGAAUUCAGUAACUGGAGGAAACAGUUAUACGGACAAAGGAACAAAGUGCCUGGUGUUGAUCGGGACUUGGAGUACUAUAACCAAAGAAAGGAUGAUGCAGUAAAUGAGUUAGUGGGUCAAGCAAAUUUGCACAUAUUUGAAGAUUGGUGUGGUGGCUCUGUUGAUCAGCUCAGGAAAAAUAUUCACUUCCCCCUCUUCCCACAUACACGGACUGUGGUCAAGAAGUUGGCAGUGGCACCAAGAUGGACCAACUAUGGGCUCAGGAUAUUUGGCUACAUUCAUCCCUAUGCGGAAAGUGCAUUUCAGUUUGCUGUGGCUUCCGAUGAUAAUUCUGAGUUUUGGCUAAGUGCAGAUGACAACCCUUCAAAUGUCACACUAUUGGCAAGAGUUGGAAAGACUGGUAAAGAGUGGACAGCCCCAGGAGAAUUUGGGAAAUUUCAAAGUCAAAUCUCCAAUCCUGUACAGUUGUCAUCCUCCAGGAGAUACUACUUUGAGGUCCUCCAUAAAGCAAAAGCCAAGGGAACAGAUCAUGUAGAAGUUGCUUGGCGACUCCACAAUACUGGCCUUAAGUUCAACAUUAUUGAUUCUCAGUAUAUUUCACUUUAUAUCAAUGAGUCCUUAAUAAAACUGAAUGAAGUACAGCACAUUCCACAGUCUGCAGCAAGCUACAAAAAGAAUUACCGUUACUUGCAUUCACAAAAUGAGCAUCCGGCAGAAAUGCUGAAACAUGACCCUCGUGACAGUUUUUUUCAUUUGCCUCUAAUUGCUGAAUCCCAUGUGCACAGCGUGCUGCCUGAUUGUGCCUACAGACCCAGCUAUGUAAUUAAGGGGUUCCCUUUGCUCCGUUACCAAGGAUUACAGUUUGUUCAUCUGACUUAUGUCUAUCCCAAUGAUUACACAAGGCUAACACACAUGGAAUCAGAAAACAAAUGCUUUUAUUUUGAAAAUGUCUAUUACUUGGAAAGAUUUGGAUUCUACAAAUACAUGAAAAUGGAUGUGCCCCCACAAAAAUCAAAUGGAGGAAAGUCCGGAAAUUCUCUCUGGAUAGGAGCAGGUGAUGGAAAGCCAAAUGAGCAGAACAGGAAUAAAGAGGAAGGACUGGAGCACAAUGUUGAAGUAGAAGAGGAGGAAUAUAACUAUGAAGAGGAUGAUCAAUUCCCACAACCAGCAAAUCAAAAAGAUGCCCUACAGGAGCAAAGCCAAAAGAAUAUUGAAGAAGUUGGAAGUCAAAAAGAAAAGGCAGACAGCAUCCGAGAGGCCAAACACCCUCCUAAUUUGCAUAACAGGGUGAAUGACGUCACUUUAAAAGACUACGGCGAUGAUUAUGAUGAUUAUACUUUUAAGAGGAAAAGGAAGCUAUUCUUUGUUGUAGAAAAUAAACCGAGUAACGAUACAGUUGAUCAUAAUACAGUUGUUGACCAUAGAUUAGCUGAGAAAGUUCUGGCACACAAAGGAAUGAAAAGCAAGAGAAACGAAAUUUCUUCAGUUAAAGAAGACAUACAGAGCACCCACUCUCCAAGUCAAAAAACAAAUAGGACUUUCCAAGGUUUUUCAAAACAGAAAUAUGUAUCAUUGAAUGAUGGGUUAGGAGAUCUAACUGUAAAAUCCUCUGUAAGACAGAAGGCUAAAGGCAACAACUUUUCUACUCAGCAGAUUUCUCAGGGAAAAAAUCUAGAUAUUAACCAAAAUAUUGGUAGACUUGAGUUUCAAGAGAGACAAGUUCAUGGGUUAGUGGAGAAGCAAAAAGAAAUGGUCAUUCAGAAAGCUAAGAGAACAACUUAUGACCAACAACCACCUACAUUGUCAGGACAAAAAGUGAACAAAAAUGAUGUUGCAUUUAUAAAUAAAAAGGAUAGUAAAGGGAGAACUGAUCGGUUAAAGCGCAGAGAACUUAAGUCACCAUCCAAACUGAAAGAGGAAACAUUUGAUGCUGACAGACAAAUCAAUGGUUCAAAUAAAUCUGUCCUUGGUCAAAAUAACAAACUAAAUAAUCUUGCUGAGAACCCAGGACCUUCAGUCCCUGUGCAGUCCCACUCCAGAAAGGAGACACAAUCAAUCAAGAUGAAAGACCAGUAUGAAAAAGUUAUAUCAUUUGCCAAUCAGAAAUGGAAAGAGAAAGAAUAUGAUUAUAUAGAACAGGAAAAUGAUCCAGUAAUCAAAAGGUCACAAGUUAAAAUCAAAGAAAAUUUUAAAGAGAAUGGGAACAAAGAUGGAAAAUGGAGUCGCCUAGAUAAAUCAAAAAGAGAAGUGGAUGAUGACGAAGACUUCCCUGAUGAUGUGAACUUUUAUCAACAUAUAUAUGACAAAGCAGUCAGUUGGGAACAGACCUUCUCCGUGAACAAUAUGGACUUCCAUUCCUUAAGAUCUGACUGGAUUGAUCUCCGAUGUAAUGUGUCGGGAAAUUUGUUGAUGAAAGAUCAAGAGGCUCUAGAUGUCGUGGAAAUGUAUAUGAGGAAGCUGAAUGAAAAACACAAAGGAAUAUAUACACUUCAUCAAAUAGUCAAUAUUGAAAAGCGCCUUGAUCGCCUGCGUGGAAGUCGAUAUCUCCUGGAACUUGAGCUGUUGUUGAAUCAAAAAACAAUUGUGCGAUUAUCAGAGUAUAUUUAUAACCUCAACGGAAAUGGCUACCACAUGGAUGGCGGUGACGAACGGAAGAUGAGAAACGUAUUCCGGCAGGGAGGCUGGAAUUUUAGAGAAAAUCAAGAAAAGAUUAUGCUGUGUUUACCAACUGGAUUCAGUUGGCAACGCAACGCAAUGAUACACUUUAUAGUUCCAGUAAAAAACCAAGCUCGAUGGGUACAGCAAUUUAUCUUUGAUAUGGAGGAGUUGUAUGCAGUCACUGGAGAUGAAAACUUUAAUGUCAUCAUUGCUGAUUACAGUAGUACAGACAUGAAUGUUGAAAAAGCCCUGAAAAACAGCAUGUUGACCAGGUAUCAGUAUGUGAGACUUGAGGGGAAUUUUGAGCGUUCAGCUGGCCUGCAGUCAGGAAUAGAUUUAAUACAGGAUGACCGCAGCAUUGUUUUCCUUUGUGAUCUGCACAUAUCCUUCCCCCCAAACAUAAUAGACAGUAUCAGAAAACAUUGUGUGGAAGGAAAGAUGGCUUUUGCCCCUAUAGUAAUGAGGCUGAACUGUGGCUCUUCCCCACAGGAACCUGAUGGAUACUGGGAAAUGAAUGGCUUUGGCUUGCUUGGAAUCUACAAAUCUGAUCUUGACUCGAUUGGUGGGAUGAAUACAAAGGAAUUCCGUGACCGCUGGGGAGGAGAAGACUGGGAACUACUAGACAGGAUUUUCCAAGCUGGGUUGGAAGUGGAGAGAUUAUAUAUGAGGAACUUCUUCCAUUAUUACCACUCCAAACGUGGCAUGUGGAAUAGGAAACAAAUCAAAGUGACAUAAUAACAGUGACUGUCAGAAGUCUGGCUCACGUGCACUUUAUCCAAUCAGAGGAUUGAACUAUCCUAUCCAAAAACAAGUGAAGUAUAGCCCCUUGUGCUGUCCUAUGUAUAAUGUGUCUGAAGACGGUGCAAUUGCUGCUCUCAUCACUCAGGCUACUAAACAAUGGUUUUGUGAUCCUCAGCAUAGGAAAAUGUUGCAAAGGACCUCUCUCAAUACAUGUGUUUGUAAGUGGUGUAAGAUUCCUAGAAUAUGAUUUCUAUUUUUUUAUUCAAAGCAAUGCAAUGAUGCUGUUAGGGUCUCAGAAUGGAGUUAUGCUAUGGUAAAAUAAAACAAGUUGACUGAUUUUCCAUAUAGACGAUGAGUGAAGCCACGUUGGACUCAAACAAAGGUAACAUAUUUGGGAACUUUCUGUGCUCAGAUCUUAGCCACUGUGUGGCAUCAUCGCAUUCAUGGCUGCACAGUUUCACUUGGGCCAAUGUGAAAUAUUCAUGUGCCUAUCAGAGCCCGUAGACUAAUAACUUGCUAAUACCUUAUAUGUUUCACCUUUAGGUGGAAUUGUUAGGCAUCAAGGCUCAAGAGUGAGCUAAGUUUUCCCUAUGUGUAGCCAUCAAAUUUUGGGAAAGAAUUAUUAUAUUUUUUAAUGUUUGUGGAUAUAGUUAUUUAAAUUAACCUAGGGAAGAUGUAUUCAUUUCAAUCAAGUUUUUAGCAAUCCGGUCAGUAAGAUUGAAUAAGUGUGCCUAGAAACUGGAUUGCAUAAUUUAAAAAAAAAAUUCCCCUCAGUGCUAUGCAGUCCAAAAUUCAUUCAACCUGGAAUAAAUUGUGUUAACAAUUAUUCUGAGGUGAAAUCACAUCAGCUGUAAAAUUGAACUAGGCAAUUCUGGGUUGUAAUAUAUUUUGGUGCACCUUAUAUUUCCUCGGUGAAAGAUGCACACUUAAUGACAUCAGCAGUCAUGCAACACAUUUGAAUGCUUUCUGACAGAAUGAAGCUCCCAGAUCCAGAAAACAAUUGUUGUUUGAUAGGUUCUAAAAACAAGGUGAACAACCAACUGUGUUCUUCAUUUAGAUGCCAUUAAAAAGUUACUCUGUUAACAUCAGCAGGCUUCACAAGGCACCUUCAAAUCUCACUGGAGGCUACUCGCACAUGUCCCAGAGUUCAGACUGUGCUCAAACCUUUGCAUGAAAGCUUAGAGGUAGGUGUUGCAAGUGACCAAAUGUAGGUUGUGAACCCUGCAAAGUGUAAGCUGCCAUCAGCUGCACUUGUUCUCAGAAGGGCUCCCUCAAAAACCCAGAACUCCUAAUGAAUAGAAAGGUCAUUUGUUCCCUCAACAUCCAAUAGUUGUUGAUUGCAACAAGAAUUUUCUCAUGGUCAGUGCCAUGUUUCCUGGAAGCUUGCAUAACUCCGUCAUCCUUAAAGAGCCCAUUUUGCCAGUUACCCUUAAUGGAUAACCCUGCCUUCUGAUCUACCACUACUUUUGUGACUUGAUGCUUGCAAACACACUGACCACCACAGCUGAGCAUUGCUGUAUCAAGUCCCAAAGCUACCAACACAUCAGUGGCCUUCUCAGGAAGAGAUCCCACUGUCUACGUCAGUCUGGUUACACACUCCUGUCUACACCUUGCAAGUAUGCAAACUCCUGCAUGCUACAUAAUCUGGCCAACUGAAGAGCAUGUCUCAUGUGAGGAAGAUCUGCCAGGAGACCAAGCAUCAGAGGCUUAAACCCACAGGGCAAAGGGGUAUUAACAAGAGGAUGAAAAUAAAUCUGAGGGGAGAUGUUGCUGUGGGGUGAGGUUCCUCAGCAACUCUGUGAAGAGAAUCAUGUCACUCAGCAGAGGAAUGAGGCAAUGUCUGGCUACACCUUUAGAAGUUCCUAAUACAGAGAAGAUUCUUGUAAAGACUAAGCCAAGUCAUUGAUUCUUCUGCCUUAGACAUCUCCACAUUCCAUGUUUGUUCACCAAUAGAGAAUAUAAACACCUGAGUGAUCUUGAUGGGACAUCAUUUUUCGUCACGUGCAACUUUCCAGACCUACCUACAUAAAAUACAUAGAGGAAUUUUUCCCUGGUCCUGAUACUCAGAUGUCUUACAAGACUUCACUCUUUCUGACGGAUGAUAUUAUAAUUUAAAGCAUGCUGACUUUGCAUACAAUCAAGCUUUCUUAGUGUUACCAUGGAUCAAAAGCCUUAGUGCUUUGGGCUGCUAAUCCAUAUCAAUCGUCAAUAGUCAAAGUUGUUGCCAUUAUAUCUGAAAGAAAUGCUCAUUACAGUAUGUUCUGCAAAAUGUAAUACAGGGGUGCAUUGAAGGAUUAGCAUAGCCAAUGAAGUCCAUUCUCAAUCAACAGUGAGGGCUCCCUUGUUGAACUUGCCCUGAGUUGCAAGAUUCAGUUGAAGUUAUUUAACCAAUUCAAUGGAAUUGAUGAAGGCUCCUGAGAAGCAUAAUCAUGUUUUACUCUAUUCACCAAUCACAUGAUUACUCUCUCCUUACUGUCCUUACUACAAGGAAUUACUUUGACUUGCACAGUCUGAGUUGCUUUGUAGAGAGCAGAGAAGAAAAGCCUGGGUAUCAUUGUGCUUUCAACUUCAUAUCCUCCAGAGACUGGCAUUUAAAGUCUUUAUGGAGUACAGCCAGCGGGGAAGAGCUGAGAGUCGACAUGAAUUCAGAGGUCAGUCUUGUGUAGAGUUACAGGUAUAGAAACAGUUCUAGUUGUUUCACAUCUGUAUGCAACAGAGCAUUGGAGUACUAGAUGAUUUUUGAAGUAUCCCUCAAUAGGAGGUGACCUUGCUUGGAGUUCAUGGGCAAGAAUGCUCUGAUCCUCCACACUAUUUGACCUCUCAGGAGGUGAUGUUGUCUUGGCUACACCACCAUCUUUUCAACUUGCGGAUCUGAAGCUGAGGCAGCUGAAAGACUCUGACUCUGUCCUUUGUUCAGUCCUCUCCUUGAAGUCAACUCUGUGCAAUCAGAGCACGAGAGGUGUGUGAAAACUGGGCACAUGUCUCUGCUCCUGUAGAAGAGAAAUGAGUUCAUGCAUGUCAUAUCUCUGCUCAUGGUGUGUCUCUGCUGACACAAGAGAGCCACCUGUUCACGUGCAACACCUCUCUCCUCGUGGAGAACAGCAAUCUGUCCAGUUCUGUAAGACACCAUCUUGCUCAUGAUGAAAAACUUCAAGCUGUUGCCCUGGUACAAAGACCAGAGGUCUACCUGGAUUAGUGCAAGACUACAGAAGUAGAAAGAUUUUGAAUGGCUAUCACCUGGCCCAGUAGCUGCUGUGUGUAGGGAUUGUCAUUGGAUCUGUGCAGUGAAGUCUACAUUACCUUUGGAGUGGAGAUGGUGCCCUGCUGGCUUUGCACAGCCUCCUGAAAAAGCAAGGAGAUGGACUCCUACAUGCUCCUUGCCAUCUCUGGCAUUUGUCCAAGGGACUAAUAUAGUGCCAACUGUCUUGUGUAUCUGCCCCUCCCUUCUCACAAAAGCAUCUCCAUCAUAAUCUUCAUCUGAAUUCUCCAAGGCAGUACAAGUGCAUGUAUGUUCUGCUAACCCCCACGCUGAUUCACCAGGCCUCCUGCUGAAUUGUAGUCCAUUAGUGCUAGAUGUUGCUCCUUGUGUUAAGUAACUCCCUAGCCUUUGUUGUUCUUCCCUCAUGGUACCGGACCCUGACAUGGGUAUUGCUGUGGGAAGACAAGUGCAAUAAUCCAAUAUGUACUCUUGAUCGUCAUCCUCCUCCUCCUCUCAUUUCUGGCUCUUACUGUUAUGGUGGUGGUUGUGGAAAGUGAAAGCAAGGUACCUCUUAUUAUAAGUAAAAUCAGAGAGUGCUAGAAGGUCAGGCAGCAUCUGAGGAAGGAGAAAGGUCGGCGCCUUUGAGAGCUCUCAUCAUAGCUUGCAGAUAAAACUGAUACACGUGUAGCAGAAAACAAACUGCUGGAGGAAGUCAGCGAGUUGAGCCACAUACUCCAGCAUCCGCAGUCUCUUGUGUCUCCUGGUGCACCUGUAAGCUGUGACCAAGCCAGCUUUACUGGAAUAGAGCAGUGGUCAUAAUGGAGCAUGCAUUUUACCAAUACAAGGGGGAUGGAGCAGGCAGGAUGAAACAAUGAGCAUAUGCAACAGAUCUCCUGCAUUUUUCCCUCUUGAAUGGGUUUUGGUCUCUGGGCCUCCUGUGCACAAGGAAGGGGGCCCAGCCCCCCUGCCUGGUGGGACACUGUGCCUGAGAGGGACCCCUUCCCAUUCGUGUGGCUCCAUCCUAUCCUUAGCAGGCUUUGCCUAAAUAAAGCAGCUGAAGUGUAGAGUGAAAAGCAAUUUUAUUAUCUUUCAUUUAUAACCCUGAUAUUCAUGCUGGGGUUCGUGAAGGUGCAUUUGGGAGGCAGGUGAGUGGUGUUUGUUUGUGUAACAUCUUAGUAUGUGUCAGUAUAAAAGAGCAGUAUUUAUAGUGCCAUCGAUUUCUCCUUGAUGUACGUGGUGAGGACAUAAUCUUUGUUUCAGCUUUGCCCCAUUGUGCUGGUGGAUUUUCACUCCUGGCAAAUGUGAUUUCCACUGCCUCCUGCCAGGCUCUUCUUCUAGUGACCCUGGUAGCUUUUUCAGCAUCCAAGGCUGGAACAUGUCUUGGUAAUGAAUAUAGCACAGCCUCGCUCUGUGAAUUGGAAAGCUUUCCUCUGCAGCUUCCCUCUUCUGGCAGCCACUGUAUAGCUGCAAUGGGAAGUAUGCCUUUAAGGGCUAGUGCCCUUUGUUGAAUGUUGAAAUUGUCACUGCUCCUAGUGGAACCCACACAGGUUUCAGUUCAAUGCAGCUUCAGCCCACUACCUGAAAAUGUGAAAUCCAAUUUCUUGGCAAUCAUUUUUCCUUGCGUUUGUGCUUGCUCACAACAUAAAUAUUAUUUACUACAGUUUCCACUUCUUAACAUUUUGAAGAGCUUAAACCCACAUACACAUUUAGUGAAGCCAGUAUACUUUUUGAUUGCAUAGUGCUAACAGUAGGACUACAUUAAUGCCUUAGUUUCUUGGAAUUGUUGUGCUUUACAACUAAGUAAUAUGUCUGUAUUUUAGCCUCAUUUUAGAGGGUCAUUUUUAAGUAAAAUAUAUACAAUUGCAAUGAAGGGAUUUAAUUCAAAGAAUGGAAUCAAAUACUACGACCUUGGGAUUACUUCAGAUUUCUUUGUGAAGAAUAAUGCAAAAUAUAUUUCUGAUAGAACAGCUUCUGAGUUGAUUCAGUUAUAUGGAGACGCACGCGACUGCAGAGGCAGGAAUUUGUAGCAUUAAACAAACUGCUGGAAGAACUCUGCUGUUCAAGCAGCAUCUGUGGAGGCAAUGGGAUGGUCAACAUUUCAGAUCGAGACCCUGCACCAAGACUAGUGCAGGGUCCUGCUGCAGGGUCUCAAUCUGAAACGUCGACCACAGAUGCUACUACUCGACCCAUUGAGUUCCUCCAGCAGUUUAUUUUUUGGUACAGUUACAGUUUGGUGCAGACUCUUUUACUACAGAAAAUAUUUUGUGUCUCCUUUUUUUCUUUAAAGAAGUGACUUAAAACUUUUGAUGCAAAUUACUUGCACGGCUAUAUUUAUACUUGAUUGAACCUGCAGGAUAUACAAGCAUUUUUGCUGCACUGUGUUUGUAACCAAGUACCUCAAUUAUGAGUCUUAUAUAAAGCUCACAAAACUCAUCAGAAUUUAUUUUUCUAUGGAUAUAGGAUGUGAGGAAGUUUGGUACUUUUCAAACGCAUUUUGGGUACUUAAAUUAUCUGGGGAGCCUGGAAGAAUCUUUGGUGUUAUUGGAACACUUUUGUUCAAAGCCCUUUCCAGGGGAAGCCCUUUUAACUGUAGAAUUUGUGUUUAAACUGUAUCUGUAAAAUGUAGGAUGAUCUUUAACAAUGCUGGGAUGAAGGGUUGAUGAUUUCUAUGAAAUUGUAAAAAAAAUGGUGUAAUUAUGA